GUAAGGCGUCGACGCGGCUGAGGUUACUGCCGUGUCUGCUAAUGGCGCACAGCGAGAAGGGCAAUCCGCCGUCGGACGAUGGAUCAGCUACUGCUGCUCCUGCGGCAGCAGCAGGAGGGGAGGCGGGGGGUUCGGGAGCAGGCUCGGCAGCACCGCCACGUGGCAAUGCGGUGAGUGUGGUGGCAAUGGCAAAAGGCGAAGGUCCAAUCAUGGUUAUGAUGGCCAAGAGGAUGAGAGCUUUGAGGAAGAAGCUCGACAAGAUUACAAGGGUGGAACAGGCCAAGGCAGAGGGCAAAGCGGUGGACAAGGACCAGGAGCAGCUGAUAAAGUCGAAACCCGGUGUGGAGGCGUUGAUUGAGGAGUACGAGAGGCUAAGGCAGCCGCUUCUCACGGCGUUGAAAGAAGAGCUGACGAUCAAAGAAGCCGAGAUCCAAGAGUCUUUGGAGGCACAGAGAAGAGAUGAGGAGGCGGCAGCUGCCGCCGCCGCCGCGGCGGCAGCUGCAGUUGCUGCGGCGGCGGAUGCGGUCGAGGAGGUUGACGAGGUAGAAGGAGACGCCUCCGUCGUCGAGGCAGCAACUGCCGUGGCAGCGCCAGAUGCGACAGCGGCGGCGGCAUCUUCCGAGGCUGAAGAUGAUGCAGACGCUGGUGAUGGAGCCGACGCUGAAGAUCGAGGAAGGGAGAGCGAUGGCCAAGAGACCGUGGAAAACCGCGAUGCGGGUCAUGUCCUUCCGGGGGUGGAGGAUCGGAACGUGUACGAAAGCGUGGAAGGAUUAACUGCCACGUCAGAUGAGAAGGUCCAUAGCCAUCCGCCGCCUCACCUCAAGCCCCUCGAGCCCGAGGAACUGGUGGAUGUCCUACAGCUCAUCUACUUCGCGCAGCUGUUUGACGUGAGAUCGCAUGCGCAGGCUCCCAGUGUCGUAUGGAGCAAGGUUCAUGAGCGGAGCUCGUGCUUGUCGUAUGAUUACGUGCGUGAUGACGCAUCCUCGCCGUUGGAUGAGGCAGAUCUUGAUUGCAUCUCCUUGAUGGGCAAUCUCGUUACCUCACGGCCGCCCAACGUGGCACUAAGUCACAAAGAUGCCCUCGAUAGAUGCCUGCAAUUUGUCAAGCAUUGGUUGAACUCCUCAGAAGAUUAUGUCGAGAUCGGGGAAUACAGAAUGACAUAUGCUCAUCUGAAGGAUCGGCUAAACAGGGUGCUGUCAUCGGAGUAUUAUACAAUGAUACCAGAGCUUCAGACUGUGAAUCAAGACACUGCGACGGCAGCAGCAGCGGCUGCUGCGGCAGCUGCUGCUUCGUGGACUGCUGCUGAGAAUGCGAACCUUGAGGUUGCCGUCGAGGUCCCGGCGCCGCCUCCUGCCGUCGUUCAGCAGCAGCCGCAAUCGCAGCAACCGCAACCCCAACAGCAGCAACAGCAACAUCAACAGCAGCAGCAGCAGCAGCAACCUGUGUUGCCGAAUCCUUCUCCCGUGGAGCAGGCCCCUCCUCCCGCAUUUUAUCCUCCGAUGCAGUCCAUGGUAUUGGCUGCCAACCCUCAGUCGGUGGCGCAUUCAUAUGUGCAGGAGCCGCAGCACACGACGCAGACCGCGUUUUACCAGCCCAGAGGGGAAUUUGUGCCACAGCAGCCUGUAGGUGACAUGAAUACAGCUGCUGCCAUGGCUGCAGCGGCAACAACGGCAGCAUCCAUGGCCACAAUUCCUGUAGGCUCCCCGGAGUUGCAGCCAGGAGCAGCAGCAUCUCAGCAGCAUUUCAUGGUUGCGGACACACAGUAUGGAAGCCAGGAGAGUCAAAAUCAAGUGGUGGGUGUUGCGGGAGAACCAGCUGCACCAGCAGGCAUUCCUCAACAAUCACCUCAUCCAGCGAAUGCAAAUUAUAUGGGACCAGGUAUGCCGCAAGGUGGGUAUGGGUAUCAGCGGCCUGGUGGCGGGAUGGGCAUGGGAAGAGGAGGGAACCGAGCACCGUACAUGCGAGGUGGGGGAAUGUUUGCAAAUGGGAGGGGAGGACGGCGUGGUGGUAGAUUGGGCGGUCGAGCAGGAGGUGGUUUUUAUGAUAGAUUUGAUGGACAAGGCAAUUCCUAUGGUGGUGGCCGAUCAGGUGGGGGAAGGGGGAGGGGUGGACGUGGAGGCGGGGCUGGAAGGGGAUCAAUGAAUGUUGCUGCUGCACCCAUAACUGCAGUGCAGACUGCAGGUGUUGCCUGAGUUGCAGCGGCUUGUCGAAAUCUCUGAGAGUUAAUUUGCUGUGUGUGGUUGAGGUGAGGUGUGGUGGGAGUUGGAGGGGGAGAGUUCCUUUGGGCAUUGUUGUCAGGAAAAGGGACAUCUUGUAGCUCCUGUCGUUCAUCCGUUUUUAGUUCAGUUUUGGUACCUGCGGAUUUUUUGCUGCUUUGUCAUCCUCUGAUGCCAUGAGUUAGUGAUCAAUGGCUUGGAAAAGAGAGAGAGAGAGAGAGAGAGAGAGAGAGAGAGAGAGAGAGAGAGAGAGAGAGAGAGAGAGAGAGAGUUGGAGAUGAAAUAAGGGUGGAAUGUGUUAUCUUUUACAGGUGAUGAUGGGAGAUUACUUUCUUCCGUAUAUGCAGCUAUCAUCUCAGAGAAUCUUUGUAUUGUUAUUGCUCAGACAGAUCUCCUCUUCUCAGAGACCAGAGCUACGAAGCCUUGUUUCAGGGGUAACCAUUGUGUUCUCCAAUUUUUGGAUCUAUUCGCAUGCAUUGAAGAGUAUAGUGUUGUCCUUGGGUUGCGUUUCUGUUCCAGUGAGAGUUUGUGUGACUCGUGACAAAAGUUUUAUGUUUUCUGCGUGUGCACUUGGCGCUUGACAAACUCUCCGCCCCCAUCUUAUGUAGCACCAGACAUGUAAUGAUGGGUGACUAGGAGUGAGUCAGGACAGGGGAAGCGUGCCAAACACUCUGUUGUGAGGGUAUGUUUCUACUCUUGUACUUGGAUGCUGUUCUUCCGUUGUCCCCUCUGGAAUCACACUUCAGUGCAGAACUUUGAAAGGCCUGUUUUUUCGGGGACAGAGAGGGAGGAGGUCCCUCUGCUUUGUGUAAAUAUCUUGCUUUGGUUUGACAACUGGCUAAUAUCGGUGUCGUCGCGGUGACCACCUCUGAUCUUGACCUGGAACGGCAUGCGGAUUUCUCUCGAAGGGCAAUCAAGUUUUGAUGUCCUCUCCAUUUCACUGCUUCAGCAAAAAAUCUCUAUGUUCAUUGUGUCGUUGGUGGAGGGCGUCUGUCCUUUCUCACUCCAGCCUUUAAUACGUCUGGACUUCGUUUGCAUGACUUUGCCCUGCGGAGUUUGUGGAUGGUCUGAUUGAUAUUUCACAGAACUCUUUGGUGGUGGCUGUUGUACUCUUUCUACCUAUUUCUCUACUUCCACUGCUGGUUUUGUAUAUUUAUGACCUUUUGUCUUUCUUGUGACUAUAUACACUCGUUUCUAGCCAAUUGUCAUACUGUUUUUGGGAUUGAACAUUCUAGGACUGUAAAUGAAAUGGAGAUGACUAU